CGGUUUGUUUUCUUAUGUGCAUGAUUUGCUAAGUUGCUGUGUCCUGUAUUUUACAUUGGCGAUUUGGAACGUUGAUUUGUUUGAAAUAUUUGAAACAAAUGAGAAAUGUCUUUCAUUCGCACACUUUGGAAAUGUAAUUUUGGUCCUCGCCUUUUUAAAGUUUAUGAAAUAACAUGGAUCGGUCGUUUAGUUGAGAAAUCAUAUGAGCCUAACAGUUUAGAACGAUGGGGUGAUCAAAUCGUAAUUUGGUUUGCAGCAAUUUGGUCCAUACGUCUAUAUGCAAUUAUUCCAUUAGUGACUAUCUUUUUGUAUCAACAUAGCAAUUCUAUAACCGAGUAUAUUUCUUUCUUGUGUAAAUUAGCAGCAAGUGCUAGUACAAUUUUUAUUGCAUCAUUAGCUGCUCGUGGUUGUUCUAGAGCCAAUAAUCCAAUAUAUUUGAAAUUCUUGAAAACACUGAAUGAAGUAAAUGCGCAUUAUACUGGCGAAACAAAGCAAGAACUUGAUAAAUAUGAAUUUGAGUUCUGGGCAAGACCUGUAGAUUUUGACAUCAGAGAUAUAGAAAAGGUUACAGCUAAAGAGAAGUUGACUUUAGAAAAAAUUGCAGCUUCUAGUGGUCGUAUAAAAAGGCAAACUGGUAAAGAAUUUAUAUGUACAUUGCCUUGUAAGUUUUUAUCAUAUAUUGUAGCUCAGACUUUUGCUAUUAAGAUGAUAUAUCCUGGAAGUAUAACAUUUCUUAACUGGGCAUUUCGAUCUACACUUCUAAAAGGAAGAAUACAUUUAAUAAAACAUGGUGGGGAAAGAUACAAAUUGUUAACUGCAGAUAAUAAUGAAAUUGAUGCUAUAUUCAUUGACCGACGUAACAAGAAAACAAAUGGUAACAUGUUGGUUAUCACUUGUGAAGGAAAUUGUGGAUUUUAUGAAACUGGUAUUAUAUCAACUCCAAUGAGUAAAGGAUAUUCUAUAUUGGGUUGGAAUCACCCAGGUUUUGGUAGCAGUACUGGUGCGCCGUAUCCUCUUCAAGAAGAGAAUGCUAUCGAUUGCGUAAUGCGCUUCGCAAUCGAUCAUUUAAAAUUCCCUGAAGAACAAAUAAUUGUUUAUGGUUGGAGUAUUGGUGGAUACACUGCAACAUGGGCUGCUAUGAACUAUCCUUCUAUUCAAAGUUUGGUAUUAGAUGCUACAUUUGAUGAUGUACUUCCAUUAGCUAUUAUGACAAUGUCCUCGUCGCUAGAGGGUUUGGUACGAAACAUUAUUAGGGACUAUUUCAAUUUGAAUAUUGCUGAGCAAUUAAAUAGAUAUAAUGGCACGGUAUUGCUUAUACGAAGAACAGAAGAUGAAGUAGUAUGUACCCCCAAUGGUAAUAAUUUAUCAGGAAAUCGUGGUAAUAUGCUGCUUACAAAACUUUUAAUACGACGUUAUCCACAUAUUUUUGCGGAAACCUCAGAGUGUGCUACACUUUUAGUGAGAUUUUUAUCUGCAGAUAUAUCUACUAGAAAAUCAAUAAUCGAAACAGCAAAGGUUGAUGAAAAACAAUGUUUGAAACUUAUUGGAGCAGAUAUAAAAAAAAAUGGUGAUAUUGUACAGUAUCCCUCCACUCUUGGAGAAGACUGUGAUUCUACGACAAAACAACAGCUUAUUGUAUUUCUUGCAACAAUGUAUAUGAAGGAUCAACCAUCAUCACAUUGUACACCAUUAGCAGUGGAUUUGUUUCAACCUGGUUGGAAUCCUGCAUCUGCAAUGUCAAUAACAGAAUAAAAGUUCCAUGAUAUUAUGACAUGACUAAUUACUAGGAGUUUUAUUCAAGAUUCUUAUUCUUAUGGUAAUAGGAACUCUUAAGAGUCAUAAUAAUUUUUAAUGCAUUUGACGUUAAGUUUUAUUGAUAAACGUUAUUUAUUCUGUAGAAUUUCAAUCUGUUUUUUAUAUUCCAAAUUGAUAAAGAUACCAUCUUCAACUAAAAUUUUUGUAUUUAUCACUUGAGUUUUAUACUCCGUUCAAUGAGUCGAGUCAAUAAAGGUAAACAACAUCCGUGUGCUAGGAUUGCUAAGCACAUGAUAGAUACAAAGGAUUCUAGUUAAUAGUUGGUAGAUGUUGAUUUUCCUUUUCUCCUUUGACUUCUCAGGUUUAUGAUAUGCAUAAUGCACAAUGUGGACUGAGAACUUGGUCAAAAUUU